GUCUAAGCAUACACCAAUAGGAAGUUAACACGAACAUAGAUGUACACGCGUGUAUUGAACUUUCGGUAUCUAUUUCUUUGCAGAUUGAGCACUUUAUUAUUAUUUUAAAAAUGAAAGAAAAUUUCAUUUAUUUCUCAUUUGUAAUUUCAUUCGUGAUAGUUAUACUCUGGACAAGUUCUGUAAAAGCUAAAGGAACACAACAUGUGACAUGUGGUUCUACUUUAAAAUUAAUGAAUGUGGAUUAUAAAGUAAGAUUACAUUCUCAUGACAUAAAGUAUGGAAGUGGAAGUGGUCAACAAUCAGUAACAGGAACUUCAGCAAAAGAAGAUGGAAAUUCUUAUUGGCUUGUAAAAGCAGGAACAAAGAAACAGUGUACCAGAGGAACGCCGAUCAAAUGUGGAGAUAUUAUAAGACUAGAACAUAUAGCAACAAAAAAGAAUCUUCAUUCACAUCGUGUUAGUUCACCACUUAGUGGUAAACAAGAAAUAUCUGCUUAUGGUGACAACAAGGGAGAAGGUGACAAUGGCGAUAAUUGGCUUUUAGUAUGUCAGAUUGAAUUUUGGAAGAGAGAUGAACCUGUUAUGUUAAAUCAUGUAGAUACAGAUACAUACUUAGCAGUAAGUGGAAGAGUUUAUGGUAACCCUAUUACUGGUCAGACUGAAGUAGUGGGUGAAUAUUCUGCUAGGUCUCCUCAUGUUGAAUGGGUAACAACAGAAGGAGUAUUUAUUCACCCUAAUGACUUUAAAGCUCAACACCAUACACAUACAGAAUUAUAAAGCAAAUUCUUUAGUUAGAUACAAAAUUUUUUAUGGCAAUAGUCUUAUAAAAAAUAAUUCUAUAUAAACUGAAAUUAUGUAAAAAGAUCAGUAUCUGAUUACUCUACAUCUCUAUAGAGAAAGAUUCUUCUUAAUAGUAUAAAAAUAAUUUAUAUGAUCUUAUAUAAUAUAUAAGAAGAUAAUUCCAUUAAUAAUUUUCAAAAAAAAUUGUAUAUUGCCAAAAAAUUACUGUUACCUAUUUUUAUGAUCUAGACAACAGCCAAAUAAAAUGAAUAAUUCUGA